UUUCCCACAUAUGAAUUACUUUUUAGAGCGAUUGUCUAUUAUUAACAACCAUAAAUCAUAAGCUAUGAUUCAUAACUGAUAGAUUCAUUAUAUCUGUCAAUUAAGCUGAAUUCCCAAUGGAGGGGCCUCGUAUUCGUGUAUAUGCACUCCUUUUCAUUGGCUUAUUCUUGCUGCUAUUAGAUUGUGAAGCGCUUGAUACCAUAUCCGCAAAUCAAACAAUCAAAGAUGGCGAGACACUUGUUUCUGAUGGUGAGACGUAUGAACUUGGAUUUUUUAGCACCACAAAAUCCAAGAACCGAUACUUGGGGAUAUGGUACAAGAAUAUCUCACCCCGUACUGUCGUAUGGGUUGCCAACAGGGAGACGCCAAUUAACGAUACAUCUGGAAUGCUCAAAGUUAGCAGAGAGGGAAACUUGCUGAUUUCCAGCAGUGGCAACACCAUGAUCUGGUCAUCCAAUUCGACUGUAUUAGUGAAGAAUAUAAAUCAAGAAGUGGUGGUGCGGCUACUGGAUACUGGAAAUCUUGUUGUUUGGGAUCACAAUAGCACCAACAAAAAUGUCAUUUGGCAAAGUUUCGACUAUCCUUGUGACACAUUGCUACCAGGUAUGAAAUCUGGAAAGAAUUUUGUAACGGGCUUACAAUGGUCCCUGACAUCUUGGAAGAGUCCUGAUGAUCCUUCUAUAGGUAUGUACACACAUACAACAAUCACAAAUGGAUAUCCUCAGCAUUUCACGUACCAAGGUCAAACUAUAAUAUCAAGAAUGGGACCAUGGAAUGGUCUCGGGUUUAGUGGGCAUCCUACUGACAUACCAAAUACAGUUUAUCAAGUUCAUUAUGUUAAUAAUCACAAAGAAUCAUACAAUAAAUAUGAGCUUACAAGUUCAGUUCUUAUGAGGGUAGUUUUGACAUGGGAUGGGAAAGUACUAAUAUUGCAUUGGAUUGAGCGAACUCAAGAAUGGGUUGUGUAUGCAGACAUGGCAGUAGAUAACUGUGGUCAGUUUGCACGUUGUGGUCCUUAUGGUAGCUGUAACAUAAACAAGCAUCCUCCAUGUAGUUGUAUGGAAGGUUUUGAACCAAAAAACCCAAAACAAUGGCGUGAAUCUGAUUGGUCAAGUGGGUGUAACCACAAAAAGCCUUUGAAAUGUGGGAAUGGGUUUCGGAAAUUUACAGGAGUUAAAGUACCAGAUACAAGAAAAUCAUGGUAUAAUUACAGUAUGACAUCUAGAGAAUGUGAGAUGGCAUGCAAAAGGAAAUGUUCAUGUACGGCUUAUGCAAGUUUAGAUAUAAGAAAUGGUGGAAACGGAUGCUUACUAUGGUUUCAUGAGCUGAUCGAUAUCAGAGAUUAUGAUACGAAUCAAAGUCUUUACAUAAGAAUGGAUACCUCCAACUUAGAAGGUCGCAUAAUCAUCCGGUCUGUUUCCAAUGAGAGGACAAAGAUAUUCAUCGUCCUCGUGCCAAUUUCUUCAGCUGUGUUUUUUCUGUCUGCACUAGCAUAUGCCUGUAAAAAGAAAAAGAAAAGGCCUUACAUGAGACGACGAGGUAACCUGAAGCAUGACUUACAAAUCAGCGAGAAAAGUAUGUGCACGGAACAGCUUGAUGGUUUACAACAUUUUAGCCUACAUAAAGUAGCCAAUGCCACAGAAAACUUCAGUGUCUCUCAUAAGAUUGGAGAAGGGGGCUUUGGUCCAGUUUACAAGGGUGUUUUGGAAGAUGGACAAGAAGUAGCUGUAAAGUGUCUCUCAGAAAGUUCUCGACAAGGACUUGAGGAGUUCAAUAAUGAAGUCGUUUGUAUCGCCAAACUUCAACAUCGGAAUCUUGUGAAGCUUCUAGGAUAUUGCAUUCAUCAAAGUGAACUCAUAUUGAUUUAUGAAUACUUGGCGAACAAAAGCUUGGACUCUUUUCUCUUUGAUCAAAGCAAAAGUGUAAUGCUUGACUGGCCUAAGCGUUUUCAGAUUAUUCAUGGAAUAGCAAGAGGUAUUCUCUAUCUACAUCAGGAUUCCCGCCUUCAGAUUGUCCACAGAGAUCUGAAGGCAAGUAAUAUCUUGCUAGACAGUGACAUGAAUCCAAAAAUAUCAGACUUUGGAAUUGCUAGAACCUUUAUCGGAUGUGAUGCUACCGCUAAGACCAAGAAAGUGGUUGGAACAUAUGGUUAUAUUCCUCCUGAGUAUGCACUACACGGGCAUUUCUCUGUAAAGUCAGACGUAUAUAGUUUUGGUGUUUUGAUGAUGGAGAUAAUUAGUGGAAUGAAAAACAGAGAAUUCUCUCAGGAAGACCAUAGUGACAACCUUCUUGGACAUGCAUGGAGACUCCACAAAGAAAAUCGAAGUAUUGAACUUAUGAGUCCUUGUCUAUGCGCCUCGUGUAUUGUACCGGAAGUACUACGAUCAAUACAUGUUGCACUGUUAUGUGUGCAGAAUAAUGCUGAAGAUAGACCAACUAUGUUGUCAGUGGUUUUGAUGUUGGUCAGUGAGAAUGUGCUGCCUCAACCUAAACACCCUGCAUUCUACACUGGAGAGAGAUGCAAGGAAAUUCCGUCUGUUGUGCUAUCUGAAGAUUACACGAUAACGAAUGUGUAUGCUCGAUCAAUGGUUAUCUAUGCAUUUCAAAAAACUCAUAUUCUUUCUCCAAAUUGUAUCAUCGUCGAUCAGCAAGCCUGCUUUUGUUUCAUAGACGAUUGUGCAGCGCUUGAUACUAUAUCUGCAAAUCAAGCAAUCAAAGAUGGCGAAACACUUGUUUCUGAUGGUGAGACGUAUGAACUUGGAUUUUUUAGCACCAGAAAAUCCAAGAAUCGAUAUUUGGGGAUUUGGUACAAGAAAAUCUCACCCCGUACUGUCGUAUGGGUUGCCAACAGGGAGACGCCAAUCACUGAUACAUCUGGGAUCUUCAAAGUUAGAAGAGAGGGAAACUUGAUGAUUUUCAGUGGUGGCAACACCGUGAUCUGGUCAUCCAAUUCCACCGUAUUGGGGAAGAGUAUAAAUCAAGAAGUGGUGGUGCAGCUUUUAAAUACCGGAAAUCUUGUUGUCUGGGAUCACAAUAGCAUUAACAAAAAUAUGAUUUGGCAAAGUUUUGACUAUCCUUGUGACACAAUGCUACCAGGUAUGAAAUCUGGGAAGGAUUUGGUAACAGGCUUACAUAGGUUCCUGACAUCUUGGAAGAGUUCCGAUGAUCCUUCUACAGGUAUGUAUACUUUUAUAAUUGACACAAAUGGAUAUCCGCAACAUUUUACGUACCAAGGGCAAACUAUACUAUCAAGAGUUGGACCAUGGAAUGGUCUUGGGUUUAGUGGCCUUCCUACUGACAUGCCAAACUCAAUUUACUCAGUUGAGUUUGUUCAUAAUCUCAAAGAAAUUUACAAUAUAUAUGAGCUUAAAAGUUCAGUUCUCAUGAGGAUAGUUAUGACAUGGGAUGGAAAAGCACUAUUUUUGCUUUGGAUUGAGCGAACUCAAGAAUGGCUUGAGUAUGCAGACGUUUCAGUUGAUAGUUGUGGUCAGUUUGCACUUUGUGGUCCUUACGGAAGCUGUAGCAUCAAUAAGCGUCCUCCUUGCAGUUGUAUGGAGGGUUUUGAACCGCAAAACCCAAAAGAAUGGGGUGUACAUGAUUGGUCAAGUGGGUGUAAGCCCCAAAAGCCUUUGAAUUGUGGGAAUGGGUUUCGGAAAUUUACAGGAGUUAAAGUACCAGAUACACGAAGAUCAUGGUAUGAUUACAGUAUGACACUUGGAGAAUGUGAGAUGGCAUGCAAAAGGAAUUGUUCGUGCACAGCUUAUGCAAGUUUAGAUGUCAGAAACGGUGGAAAUGGAUGCUUACUAUGGUUUCAUGAGUUGAUUGAUAUCAGAGAGUAUGAUACAAAUCAAAGUCUUUACAUAAGAACGGAUGCUGCCAACUUAGAAGGUCGCGUAAUCAUUGAGCCUGUUUCCAAGGAGAGGAAAAGAAUAAUCAUCAUUAUCCUCUCAAUUUCUUCGGUUGUGUUUUUUCUGUCUGCAGUAGCAUAUGCCUGUAAAAAGAAAAAGAAAUGGCCUCACAUGAGAGGACGAGAUAAGUGGAAACAUGACUUCCAUAUCCGUGAUAAAAAUAUGCGGAAGGAACAGUUUGAUAGUUUACAACAUUUUAGCCUACGUAAAGUGGCCAAUGCCACUGAUAACUUUAGCAACUCUCUUAAGAUUGGAGAAGGGGGCUUUGGUCCAGUUUACAAGGGUGUUUUGGAAGACGGACAAGAAGUGGCUGUGAAGUGUCUCUCAGAAACAUCCCGACAAGGGCUUGAGGAGUUCAAAAAUGAAGUCGUUUGUAUUGCCAAACUUCAGCAUCGGAAUCUUGUGAAGCUUCUUGGAUACUGCAUCCAUAAAAGUGAACUCAUAUUGAUUUAUGAAUACUUGGCUAACAAAAGCCUGGACUAUUUUCUCUUUGAUGAAACCAGAAGUCUAAUGCUUGACUGGCCUAAGCGUUUUCAGAUUAUACAAGGGAUAGCCAGAGGUAUUCUCUAUCUACAUCAAGAUUCCCGCCUUCAAAUUGUUCACAGAGAUCUGAAGGCAGGUAAUAUCUUGCUGGACAGUGACAUGAAUCCAAAAAUAUCAGACUUUGGCCUUGCUAGAACCUUUAUCGGAUGUGAUGCUACUGCUAAGACCAAGAAAGUGGUUGGAACAUAUGGUUAUAUCCCUCCUGAGUAUGCAGUACACGGGCAUUUCUCUGUGAAGUCAGACGUAUUCAGUUUUGGCGUCCUGGUGCUAGAGAUAAUUAGUGGAAGGAAAAACAGAGGAUUCUCUCAUGAAGACCAUAGUGACAAUCUUCUUGGACAUGCGUGGAGACUCCAGAAAGAAAAUAAAAGUAUUGAAGUUAUGAGUGCCUCUUUACGCGCCACGUGUAGUGUUCCCGAAGUAGUACGAUCAAUACAUGUAGCACUGUUUUGUGUGCAGAAUAAUGUAGAAGAUAGGCCGACUAUGUUGUCAGUGGUUUUGAUGCUGGCGAGUGAGAGUGUGUUGCCUCAACCUAAACAACCUGCAUUCUACACUGGUGAGAGAUGCAAGGAAAUUCAGUCUCUUUUGUUAACUGAAGAAUACAUGAUAACCAAUCUGUAUGCUCGGUAACAAAGUACAUGUUUUAAGCCUGACAUUCACUUGUUUUCUAUUUUCUCCCACUGUAGAUACUUAAUAUAUAUAUAUAUAUAAAGGAUGUUAAUGUUGAUAAUCUUAUAGUCAUUAGUCAAUUAGUCGGUUGUUUAAAUUGACACUAAGG